CCUUAAACUUUGCAGAGUUCACAUUAACAGCACAUGAUGAUACUACGAAAGACUCUAUCUCUAAUAUUCCUCCUGUACAUCUGCCAUUGCUUGGCACAAACUAUCAAUGAAUUGGAGGAUGGGACACUGCCAGAGCCAAGAGCAUAUGUACCCGAUUCACAAUAUUUAGAUUUUGCUUAUCAUGAUCAUGAUGAUCUUACAAGAUUCUUAAGAGCGACAAGUGCACGUUAUCCAAAUCUGACUGCUCUUUAUUCAAUCGGCAAGUCGACACAGGGACGUGAACUAUGGGUUAUGGUAGUCUCCUCUUCACCUUAUGAACAUAUGAUUGGUAAACCAGAUGUUAAAUAUGUGGGUAACAUACACGGGAAUGAACCAGUGGGUCGUGAAAUGUUGCUUCACUUAAUACAGUAUUUUGUUACAAGCUAUCAGACAGAUCAGUAUGUUAAAUGGCUAUUGGAUAAUACACGGAUACACAUACUUCCUUCUUUGAAUCCAGAUGGAUAUGCGGUAUCCAAAGAAGGUGCUUGUGAUGGCGGCCAAGGCAGAUAUAACGCUCGUGGAUAUGACUUAAAUCGCAAUUUUCCGGAUUAUUUUAAACAGAACAACAAACGAGGACAGCCUGAAACAGAUGCGGUGAAAGAUUGGAUAUCGAAAAUUCAAUUUGUACUCAGCGGUAGUUUACAUGGUGGGGCCUUAGUUGCUAGUUAUCCAUAUGAUAACACGCCAAAUUCUAGAAUUUGCAGAUCCUCAGCAUUAUGUGCGAUGUUUCAAACCUAUGCGUCAGCACCGUCUUUAACUCCAGACGAUGAUGUCUUUAAGCAUUUAUCCCUGGUGUAUGCGAAAAAUCAUGCCAAAAUGUCCAGAGGUGUGGCAUGUAAAUCAGCUACGCCUGCUUUUGAGAACGGUAUAACUAAUGGUGCCGCUUGGUAUCCUUUGACUGGUGGCAUGCAGGACUACAACUAUGUAUGGUAUGGGUGUAUGGAAGUGACCUUGGAAAUAUCUUGUUGCAAAUAUCCACCAGCAUUUGAAUUGAAAAAAUACUGGGAAGACAAUCAAUUGUCACUGAUUAAAUUUCUGGCGGAGGCACAUCGUGGCGUGCAAGGUUUUGUAGUGGAUACAGCUGGCAAACCAAUUGAACGAGCUUCAUUAAAAGUCAAGGGACGAGAUGUAGGUUUCCAAACUACAAAAUAUGGUGAAUUUUGGAGAAUUUUGUUACCAGGUUAUUAUAAAGUUGAGGUAUUUGCGGAUGGUUAUGCACCUCGUGAAGUGGAGUUUGUGAUUGUGGAGCAACAUCCCACAUUGCUGAAUGUCACUUUACAACCCUCCAAACGCACAGACACAACAUCAAUACCGUUCUACCGGCCUCUACCAUCGCCACAACAUUUCCGGCCUCCACCACCCUAUGCAGACAAUGGAAUAUUCUCAACCAUUAGCAAUGGUCUUAAUAGUUUGUACACGAACAUAUUUGGCUAAUAUGCGAUCUACUAAUCCGAGGAAUUAUUAAAUUUAAAAAUUUCAUUUGUAUUAUUAACAUCCUUCAUUAUAAUUGCGCUAUUUUACAUUUAGGGGUUAUCAAAAUAUCGCUUUAGGAUUUUAACUAUUAAUAAAACGCACUUUUGUUAAAUUGUACUAAUUUUCACUUAGUCCAGUAAUGAAAAUUAUUAGAUUAUAUCACUUAUAUAGCUAAGUUUAUCACAUAGAUAUGAUAGAUAUCACUUAUAUAGCUAAAUAUAUCACAUAGAUAUAUCAGAUAGAUAUCAAAAAUGGACUCUCAACUUCCCGAAUACGACUUUUUGACAACUGAUUCUAGUAAAGACAGAUUUUAGGAAGUCAAUAUAACUUUCUCAGUUAUAAGUUAAGUUACUAAGCCAAUGUAACUUAGUUAUCCAGAUAUCGAUAUUUAAAGUUGGAAUUUUUUAUAUAAAAAACCACAACAACAAAUAUUGCAUACAUUAGACAAUACUACACAUUAUGUGUAGUUUUUAUUAGUACAAACAUUUUAAAAAGUGGGUAACUUUAAGCCUUAAUAUCUUGAGAACUAAGAAAGAAAUGUAAUACAGCUAUAAAUUUGUAUUUCAACCAUAUAUUAACGUGGUUACGAUAUUGAAAAUCUUCACACUCUUCAAUUAUUGUAUUAAUUACAUAUAAUAAUAAAAACUUGUGUUACAUAUCACAAUGUAUGAUUUGGAUAUAAAGAAUUAUUUAGAUUUAAUAUCUUAAAGCGGUAUUUUGAUAACCAGGCACGUUGUCUCAAAACUUAUGUUAUAGUUAAUUAAAAUUCUGGAAAAAAUUGUCACUGCCUUUUAUCACAAUCGAAACAUUGAUUUAAGAUCAAAAUUAAUCAACAUUUAAAUUCUAUCUGAAAAGGCGUAUUUGAUGAGACAAUAAUUUCUCAAAAAAUUUAUGUUUGUAUUAACAUUACAUUACUUUAUGAAUUGUA